AUGACAGCGAGGCGCAGAGCAAUAUCACUGUACCCUCCGCCCACCGGGAACAACCUGUCACCGACCCCUCCGCCCACCGGGAACAACCUGUCACCGACCCCUCCGCCUACCAGGAACAACCUGUCACCGACCCCUCCGCCUACCAGGAACAACCUGUCGCCGACCCCUCUGCCCACCGGGAACAACCUAUCACUGUACCCUCCGCCCACCGGGAACAACCUGUCACCGACCCCUCUGCCCACCGGGAACAACCUGUCACCGACCCCUCCGCCCACCGGGAACAACCUGUCACCGACCCCUCCGCCUACCAGGAACAACCUGUCACCGACCCCUCCGCCUACCAGGAACAACCUGUCGCCGACCCCUCUGCCCACCGGGAACAACCUAUCACUGUACCCUCCGCCCACCGGGAACAACCUGUCACCGACCCCUCUGCCCACCGGGAACAACCUGUCACCGACCCCUCUGCCCACCAGGAACAACCUGUCACCGACCCCUCUGCCCACCGGGAACAACCUGUCACCGACCCCUCUGCCCACCAGGAACAACCUGUCACCGACCCCUCUGCCCACCGGGAACAACCUGUCACCGACCCCUCUGCCCACCGGGAACAACCUGUCACCGACCCCUCCGCCCACCGGGAACAACCUGUCACCGACCCCUCUGCCCACCGGGAACAACCUGUCACCGACCCCUCUGCCCACCGGGAACAACCUGUCACCGACCCCUCUGCCCACCGGGAACAACCUGUCACCAGCCACUCUGCUUGCUAAAAAUUACCCUGACCUCUGGUAG